AUGCUGAAGCCGAGCGUCACUUCGGCUCCCACGGCAGACAUGGCGACAUUGACAGUGGUCCAGCCGCUUACUCUGGACAGAGAUGUUGCAAGAGCAAUCGAACUACUGGAAAAGCUACAAGAAUCUGGAGAAGUACCAGUGCACAAGCUCCAGUCUCUCAAAAAGGUGCUUCAGAGUGAGUUUUGUACAGCAAUCCGAGAGGUGUAUCAAUACAUGCAUGAAACGAUUACUGUUAACGGCUGCCCUGAAUUCCGUGCAAGGGCCACAGCAAAGGCAACAGUCGCAGCUUUUGCAGCCAGCGAAGGCCACUCCCACCCUCGGGUAGUCGAAUUGCCAAAGACUGAAGAAGGCCUGGGUUUUAACGUGAUGGGAGGGAAGGAACAGAAUUCCCCAAUUUACAUCUCCCGAAUCAUCCCUGGAGGGGUGGCGGAAAGACACGGAGGCCUCAAAAGAGGAGACCAGCUGCUAUCAGUGAACGGAGUGAGUGUGGAAGGGGAGCACCAUGAGAAAGCUGUGGAACUUCUCAAGGCCGCUAAGGACAGUGUGAAGCUGGUGGUCAGAUACACCCCAAAAGUCCUGGAGGAGAUGGAGGCUCGUUUUGAAAAGCUGCGGACAGCUCGACGUCGGCAGCAGCAGCAGUUGCUCAUUCAGCAGCAACAGCAACAGCAGCAACAACAACCGCAACAAAACCACAUGUCAUAGGCCCUUGAAGCAAAAGCUAGCAGGUCAAUCAUCCAACAGUCACAAAUUUGGACCCCUGUGCUCCGGAAUCCCAGCACAUAGAAAAAGGGAAAAAGAACACCAGUAAUUACACCUGUCACAAAAGCUGUGAACACAUGGUGUAUUCAUUCUUUACCAAGGCAAUUCAACAUCUUCCUCCUCUGGGCACCAGCCCCCCGUUCAUUGCUUUUUUUUACCUACUCAGACCUUCCAUUCACGGCAGGUGGAAACUCGCAGUGUGUUGAGGGAGAGACGUAUUCCAGUCUGCAGACUGAAACAGUGUAAGAAUAAAGUCUGUGACUUUUGAACAAAUCA